ACGAGGAUCGUAGUGUUUCAUCAUUUUACUGGUUUUCAUGAAAUUAGAAGAGCUAUGGCAUCGUUCGUGGUACCAGUUGCAACGAGAUUUACUCGAGUUGCGAUUGAUAGUUUGCACAAUAUAAAUAAAAAUAUUUUAUUUAGGUUAGCUCAACCAUCAUUUGCAUCUUGGCAAAGACAAGAAUAUAGCACAAUAACAGAAGAGAAGAAAUCAGAAAGUGGAGAAUCACAAAUAUUAGAAUCUACAGAAAAUGAAAAAAAAUUAAAACUAGAUAUUGAACUUCUUAAUAAGGAAUUAACAGAUUUGAAAAGUGAUAAAAAUCAAUUAGAAGACAAGUACAAAAGAGCACUUGCUGAUGGAGAAAAUCUUAGAGUUAGACUAAUGAAACAAAUUGAAGAUGCAAAAAUGUUUGGAAUUCAAGGUUUCUGUAAAGAUCUGUUAGAAGUAGCAGAUAUCUUGGGUAAAGCUACAGAGAGUGUACCCAAGGAUGAACUCACAGAAAAAAAUCCGCAUUUAAAGACAUUGUAUGAGGGUUUAAGUAUGACAGAGGCACAAUUACAUAAAGUGUUUAAGAAACAUGGUUUAAUAUCAUUAAAUCCACUGGAUGAAAAAUUUGAUCCCAAUCAACAUGAAGCACUAUUUCAACAGGAAGUUGAAGGUAAAGAACCAGGAACAAUUGUAGUUGUCUCAAAACUGGGAUACAAAUUACAUGAACGGGUAGUAAGACCAGCAUUGGUUGGUGUUGCCAAAGGAUAAUUAAUGAUUAUGUUAAUUUAAAUGGGAUUAUAUGCAAUCCCAGUAAAGGAACUGCUGAAGAAAAUAUUGGCACAUAAAUAUUACACUUGAAAUUGAAAUGUAAAACACAAACCAAAUAUGAAUGUUAAAGAACUGAUAUAGAAAGC